CUUUAUUUUUACUACAUUUUAAAUACAGGAAUUACGGUUGAAGAUCUCGUAGUAAUCUCGAGAUGAUGAAAGUUACAACAAAAUACGUGCUGCUCAUUGACUUUUUACUGGUCAAUAUUUAUGUGGCACAAGCGAAAGUAAUACCAAACGAAAUACCUCAUAAAUGCGUGUCGCACGGUGUUGACUAUAAGCUAUUGGAAGAACUUCCAAAAUUUGAGGUCGUGAAUAAGUUCGUCCAAUACCCCCUCAAGGAGGUACUUCCGCCGCGAGACUUCCUCCCGGAAGGCAACCAAGUCUAUAACAACUACUUGCGUUGUGUCUGGAAAAGUGAUAGGCUAAUGUUCAGAAAUGACGAUGUUAAUUAUAAUAGGUUAGAAGAGUACGUCAAAAAGGCGAUAACAUCGGUGGUAGGAAGUACCGGUCCCGCAAUUAAUUUAAGCACCCUCCAUUCGAAGGAAAUUGUUGAAGGAUGUAAAUCUAUAGGGGGCGAUCCCGGUACGAAAGUAAUACGUAUGCAAAAUUAUAUUAUAGCAAGAUUACAGCAUCUUGUACAUGUUUUGUAAAUACUAAUUUUUAAAAUAAAUUGUUGUCUUUCUUGUG